CGGCGGCCGCUCCCCUCCUCCCCGCCCUCCGCUCCCUCGCCGCCCCCUCCCUCCUUCUCUCCAGCUCGCUCUCAAAAUGGCGGCCGCGCCCGUUGAUGGAUUGAAUCUUCUGUGUUGAAUGCCUCCAGAUUUUCUGUUGGAUUUCCCAUCUGGAGAAACAGUUGUGCUCUGAGCCACUGUGGCAGACUGAAUUGUGGAUCCUAAGGCUUCAGAUCUUGGGGAGACAUUAACCUGACACACUUUAAUCUGACAUCACAGCCACAAUGGUGCUCUCGCAAAGGCAACGAGAUGAACUAAAUCGAGCAAUAGCAGAUUACCUUCGCUCUAAUGGCUAUGAAGAGGCAUAUUCAGUUUUUAAAAAGGAAGCUGAGUUAGAUGUGAAUGAAGAGUUAGAUAAGAAGUAUGCCGGACUUCUGGAGAAAAAAUGGACAUCGGUUAUAAGACUACAAAAGAAGGUAAUGGAAUUAGAAUCGAAGCUGAAUGAAGCUAAGGAAGAAUUUACAUCAGGUGGACCUCUUGGUCAGAAACGAGACCCUAAGGAGUGGAUCCCUCGUCCUCCAGAGAAGUAUGCUUUGAGUGGACAUAGGAGUCCUGUCACUCGAGUAAUUUUCCAUCCGGUUUUCAGUGUAAUGGUUUCUGCUUCAGAGGAUGCCACAAUAAAGGUGUGGGAUUAUGAGACAGGAGACUUCGAACGAACCCUUAAGGGGCAUACAGACUCCGUGCAAGAUAUUUCUUUUGACCACACUGGCAAACUGUUGGCCUCCUGUUCUGCUGAUAUGACCAUUAAGCUAUGGGAUUUCCAGGGCUUUGAGUGCAUCCGAACUAUGCAUGGUCAUGAUCAUAAUGUUUCUUCGGUAGCCAUCAUGCCCAAUGGAGAUCAUAUAGUUUCUGCCUCAAGGGAUAGAACUAUCAAAAUGUGGGAAGUCCAGACAGGUUACUGUGUGAAGACUUUCACGGGUCACAGAGAAUGGGUGCGCAUGGUGCGGCCUAACCAGGAUGGCACCUUAAUUGCCAGUUGUUCUAAUGACCAGACAGUGCGUGUUUGGGUGGUAGCAACAAAGGAAUGCAAAGCUGAGCUCCGAGAACAUGAGCAUGUGGUAGAAUGCAUUUCCUGGGCUCCUGAGAGCUCAUACUCCACCAUAUCAGAAGCUACAGGAUCAGAGACUAAGAAGAGUGGUAAGCCUGGGCCGUUUCUGCUGUCUGGAUCCAGAGACAAGACCAUAAAGAUGUGGGACAUCAGCACUGGCAUGUGCCUUAUGACACUUGUGGGCCACGAUAACUGGGUACGUGGCGUUCUGUUCCAUUCUGGGGGAAAGUUUAUUUUGAGCUGUGCUGAUGACAAGACUCUACGUGUCUGGGACUUCAAGAACAAACGAUGCAUGAAAACCCUCAAUGCGCACGAACACUUUGUUACCUCUUUGGAUUUCCACAAGACGGCACCAUAUGUGGUUACUGGAAGUGUAGAUCAAACAGUAAAAGUGUGGGAGUGCCGUUGAUUGAUUUCACAUUUGACCCCUUUCUCCUCUGGAUGCACUCAGAUACCAUGGUUACCCAUUGAGCUCUGUUUAAAUAAAUAUUGUCCUUUCAUGUAAAUUAUUCUGGAUGUAGAUUGAGCUUAUUAAAUGUUACACACAAAGUAUUCAUGCAUGGUGAAUCCAAAUUGUAUACUGUAAAUUUACAUACGUUGUCUAGAAGUACCAUAGGUUUAAGAACAUGGGCUGGCAUUGGUCACAUCAGACCUAAGAAGGCAGAAGUUUGAUGAUUGAAAUAGGGCACUUAACUGAAUAGUUGACAGUGUCGUUCUGUGUCGGAUAAUUAUACCUGUUUUUCUUUCUGCUGUCUGUUGGUGCCUGAAUUGGUGACCUCAUUUGGGAAAGGUUUUGUAGGGCUCUUUCAGAAAUGUGUAUCUAUGUAACAUCACUUAAGUGUGCUUAAUAAAUCUUCUCUAAGAGUACUAGAUAAUAAGGCUGCAAGUCAGAAUCUUCUGAACCUUAUAUGUAAUUAAUGGAAAUUAAUUAAACUUUGGAAUAUUUGUCAUGAAACAUUUGCCAAAUCAACAGAAUACACUUUGUUUUGGCCUCCUAUCACGCAAGGGUUGGUAUAUUUAUAUGACUAACUGUAAACCUGAAAUAAGACAACAAAUCCUAGUAGCAGCUGAUGUGAUAAAUGUAUUUAUUUUUUAUUUGGUCAUUCAGUGGUUAAACUGUGCUGUUAAACUAAGUUUAAAUGUGGGGUUUUUUCAGUUUUUUUUUUUUUUAAUGCUAGACGAACUUCCAGGAGGAGUUGUCCAUCCCACUAGAAUUUAGUGAUCUGAUUUCCAGUAGAGCUUAAUCUCCCAAAUGACUGCCAUGGUACAACUUGCUGUUUGCUUUCAAUGUUUGUUAGAGAUGUGCAAUUCCUAUUACACAACAGUAUCAAAGUACACUUCCCUUACGUUCACAUGCAGGAGGUUGGGUUAUACGAAGCUGUCCCGGUUUCUUUAAUGCCUCCUUGGGAACCCUUUUGAAUAUGAGGUUAUAUUCAACUUGACAAGGCAGCGUGGCUUAAAUAAAAACUUUCUGUGGCUUGCGUAUGAAGAAAUAUCUCUGGAUAUAGUAUUUAAAUGCUUUAAAGAAAGCACUAAAUACCUUGAGCAUUGGAUUAUAAUGGCAGGUACAAAUUGAUACAGGCUUCUAAAAGAAAAGCAAAAUGCCAUCAGCAAAAAGAACCCAGCUGGGGGAAUUAUACUGUCAAGUGAACAACUACAAACCAAAUCCUAUCCACAAAAGCAGCCCAGCUUUUGGUUAUUGGUGUUUUGCCUUGUCUGGUAGAGUCAGUUUUUAAUUUGCAUAUCCCUGGAGUUACAUACUUUGGUCUGAAGUGGAAGAAAAUAAGUUAAUAUUUUAAUUAGCAUUUUGUGACAAAUUCCAUUAUAGAGAACUAAGAAUUCCCGUACUUACUGAACUAACCAUGUCUUUUAAAAAAUCCCCUUUAAAAUUUCCACUAUGAUGAAAUACUGGUCUGACAUUUUAACAGGUGAAGUUGUGCUUUUUUACUCAUUUUGUUUAAUACAUGGCUUUUAAAACUGUCCCUUUUAAAAGUAACGCUGCGAGGUGUGCGGGAUGCGGUGCUGAUUUCCUACAGUUGCCCCAGGAGGACCCGUUGUGUGCAGGCAGAGCUCAGUUUGCUGCUGUGCAGAGCUGCCCCUGGAAGCGGUGAGGAAAUGGGGUUCUGGGGUGUGGGGUUUGGAGCCAGUGCAAGGUUCAGGCAGUCCUCUCAAAUCCAGUGGCUUAUGUCAUUUCCAGUGUGUGUUUCUGCACUUAGGCACGCAGAAAUAAAGUAUUUUUAUCUUCAUUAGCUGCGUGGACUGGAAGAAUUUGCUGCUCUGUGCUAUUCAGGAACUCAGAUACACAAUAGCGCAUCUUAAAGUUCCUCAGUGCACUGCAGUGGUAAAGGAGGCGGUCAGUUCAGCUCCCGAUAGAGCCCAGAAACUUGAUUUAAGUAUGAAAACCACACUUGUGUACAUAGUUCAUAAACAUGAUGAGAAACUAAAGGUACCUAUUAAGUGGAAACUGUCUGCUGCGUUUUUCGCUGUAGCAUAGGGCUGUUUGCAGGAGGAAACAGCUAACGAACGUAAGCAGCAUUUAAUUGCUUGUGCGAAGCGCCCUGCCGAGUACUUCUGCAAUGCAAUUUGCAGCCUUCUUUAAUGAGCAGUGAAUAAUCUCAGGGAUGGUCCUGAACGGAUCAAAAGCGAAAGCCCUGUUUAGACAAAAGACAAAACCUGAACCCACAAGGCAGGAGGUGGAGUUGUGAGGCUCUUCUGCAGUGUUGCUCUGUGGUGUUACACUGUGUUGAACUUUUUCACUGUUUGCAAUGUUCUGUCAGCUGCCUGAUGCUGUGCCUUUCCUGUGAUACGCCGAGGCUACUGGUUUGGUUUGCAAACUGUUGGGGGUUGAAGAGGUUCACUGCUGCUUUGUCACUUUUCGUACUAAAAUCGGCAUUGCUUAAAAAAUGCCUGCAUCUAAACCAUGCUACACACAGACCAUACAGACUGCUGCUUGGCUUAACAGACAGACAUUCCAGUGCCACACUCGUGUAAUGUGCCCAGGAAGUCUUAGAUGUAUUCUUGAAAGUGCAACAUUUAUUGUGGUUCAGACGUAAUCUGGAGGUGAUGUUUUAUCGCAUCUUGCACUUUAGAAGACUUAAGAAAACCGUCCUGCUUUUGUGUGUGGUGUGACCAAUGGUGUGCCCGGGCACCGAGUAAAGAGAGAGCCGGAGCUGCAGUGAGCUGUGCUGGCUGCGUGGUGCUGGGUGGGAGCUGGGGCUGCCGUCACACCGCGCGUCCCCUUCCAUCAGCACUGCUGCUCCUCUGCGCUCCUCCUGUCUUUACGUGAGCUGCCUGACACUAGCACUCUUAAAUAGCUUUUGGCUCGCAUGAAAGCUAUUUAAAAGAGAAAGAGACUUUGUUCGUUUUUUUUCCUUUUCUGUAGACAGUGGUGGCUUGAUAAUCCUUUUAAUGAUUUGAAUAUAAAGAACAGAUACUAAGUUGAGUGAAGGAAAAACGCACUUAGAAUGAGUUAUUUGCUGUCCAACUGUACAUUAAGUCCAGUGUAUUUAAAAAAAGAAGUCAAUAGAAUCUUCUAGCAAAGAAUAUGUGCAUAAAAUGGUAGGGAUAAAGAUGUUAGGAGUGGGGAAGGUUGGGGUGGAUGUCCGAGUCACACCUGGGCUCAACUGGCCUUUCUAUCUUUUCACUGUGUCACGUAAGUAGCUGCUUUUUGUCCCGCCUGGCGCUCAGGCUUCCCCAGACUCACCCUGAAGAUAAGUUAGCGACAUCUUCGAGCUGUAGGAGCUGGUCCCGGCAUUGACCUGAAGGCAAACGCUGAAUUUUUUCCAUAAGAAUGAUGUUACAGGUUGCAAUUGGAGAAAACAGUUCCCAGACUGUAGGAGUUAACUAAAGAUAUUGACACGAUUAAAAAAAAAACAACAAAAAAUAGUAAAGGAAUGUAUAUAAUACUGCUCUGUGUUUUACAGUAAGAUUUGUUGCUCUCAGACUGUGUAAAACAAAAUUUAUUCAUGUUUUCUGCAUAUUAAAAAAAUCUUAUUGUACCAAUUGGUAAACUAUUAAAUGCAUAUAAAACU